AUGUUGUCUGUGUCAGGAUUGGCGAGCGCCUCUGCUAGCUUUCUUCUGGAACAUACACGUCUGGGUCGGCAUAGAGAAGAGUGGAGACAUGGCUCAAUCCUGCUUGCUUGGACUACUAUUUUCAUCCAUGGCUGCUACGCAGCUGCUUCUCGAUCUUCUGUCAAAUUAUAUCGCAUUGGGAUAUGGCUCCUUGUAUCUUCCACGGCUGUCUCCGUUCUUUCAUUUUCACGAUUUCCUCCUGGGUCGGCGUCGUUCUCGAAUAUCUCAUACCCGGUGGUUGGGGCGUGGAUUCUCAACAGUGCAUCGAGUGUAGCCCUGGCAAUACUGAGCAUCAGUAUAUCCCGAGGUCGUGAUGUGACUGUGCGAGGUCGUCCUGUCGACCGGGAAAGAGUUGUGUCGGUUCUCAGCAGGUUCACAUGGGCCUGGGUCGAACCGCUUCUGUUGCAGGCUUCAUCGAAAAACGACCUACAUCAAGAUGAUGUCAAUUAUCCGGACUACAUGCUUCAAUCCCAUCAUCUAUAUGAUGAUUGGAAAGGGACGGCCGGUCAUGAUACUCUUCUGGUCAAUCUCAUGUACCAGUAUAGAGUAUUGUUUGGUGUCUCUUGGCUUUUCACUGGGCUGCGCUGCCUGGUCAGUAUGCUGCCGUUCUUGACUUUAUCGAAAACUUUGGAUUUAUUGCAGCAUCGGCUCACGGGAGGUCCGGUUGAUCUCAUAUUGAUAAGUCUGAUACUUCGAAUAUCGCUUUUCAACCUACUCGACGCCUGGAUGGACGGCUGCCUUUACUGGUUCUCUCUUUCUAGGCUAGCAUUACCCAUCAGGGCACAGUUGACAGCCCUGGUGUUCGGAAAAUCAUUGCGGCUAAAAGAUAUCGCAUCCGCACAAACGAGAACGUUUGAUGGAGAGAGCGGGAAUGAUCAAGAUCCCGAAGACUCCGCCGAUCCCACCGAUCCGAAACAAUAUCCCGAAAAGCAAAGUGAAAGAGUCGCAAAUUUGAUUGGUGUCGACGCGGAACGAAUCACAUACUUCUUCCAGUACCAAUUCUACAUUAUCUAUGCUAUAUUGAAGUUAUCGCUCUUCUCUGUGUAUCUAGCGAAAACCAUCGGUGCACUACCCGUAAUCGCUGGACUCACAGCUUGGCUCGUUACUACGAUGGCCGGCACGUGGAUUUCCAAGCUGCUUGCGACGCAGUCCAAAACGUUGAUGAGGCUACGCGACGCGAAAACUUCCCUGCUCUCCGAGCUUCUUAUGGGAAUACGCCAGAUCAAAUUAUCCGCACUCGAGGCACGAUGGGAGGAAAGAUUACUCGCGUCACGGAAGGUUGAACUGGGCGCUCUGUGGAAGUGCUUCAUCACAGACAGCGCGAUAGCUGGUUGUUGGAGGCUGGGCAACAUUCUCAUGGCGACGACUACACUUGCCGUCUACGUCAUUAUAAACGGUACUUUGUCGGCAUCCGUGGCGUUUGUGAGCACUGCUAUGCUCGGUUCUUUGCAGAACACGCUGGAGAUUGUGCCGGAAUUGAUCGCAUUAGGUGUUGAUACGUUGGUUUCCAUCGCCAGGAUAGCCGAGUAUCUUCGACAACCAGAAUUCGAGGCGAUGUCGCGCGGAGGCCAAUGCAUUCGUUUUCAAGGAGCUAGCAUCGUCUGGUGCAUCGAAAGAAAACAACUUACAGGAACCCAAUUCACUCUGCAAGAUCUGGAUAUAGAAUUCCCCAGAGAGCAGUUCACUGUAGUGCUAGGAAAAACGGGGAGCGGGAAAAGCCUCCUGCUUUCCGCGAUUCUCGGCGAAGCCCAACUACUACGUGGUACUAUCUCUAUUCCCGCGGCAGCGAGCUCCCCUGCCUGCGAUCCCCUCGUUCCAGAAGAUCAGUGGAUCGUCAAAGGGUCCGUAGCAUACGUGAGCCAAACCCCCUGGCUCUACGCCGGUUCGUUGAAACACAACAUUCUAUUCGGGACGCCAUUCAACCACAAACGUUACGAUGAAGUCAUUCGCGCGUGCGCUUUACAUAUCGAUCUAGAAACCCUGCCCGACGGCGAUGACACAGAACUAGGACGCAGCGGCGUGAAUCUGAGUGGGGGUCAGAAAUGGCGAAUCACGCUCGCAAGAGCAGUCUAUUCGCGCGCAGAGAUUCUGGUAUUGGAAGAUAUUUUCAGUGCGGUGGACACCAAGGUGAGUCGCUGGAUCUUGGAGAACUGCAUCAACGGCGCUUUGUGUGAGGGAAGAACGCGGAUCCUUGCCACCCAUAGCGCACGACUAGUUUUAUCUUCCGCGGAAUACGUGGUUGAGCUAGAAAGGGGGAAGGCUUCGUGCUUUGUGCCGAAACGGCGGGAAGUGUUCGAGCAUGUCACUGAUGCGGUUACGGACGACGAUGAGGCUGGACAGGUUAGAUUCCCUCGGACGGAAUCCGCUGUAAAGUUUAUCCCUGAUGAGACGCGUGAAAUUGGAACUGUGAGCAAGCGGGUUUACUUUUCGUAUCUGAAUCGCUGCGGGGGGGUAUUUCUGUGCGUCAUCUGCUUGGUUCUAUUCUGUGCUUAUCAGGCGCUUAUUCUAGGUAAGUUUCAGGACAAUGCUGUUAUAACAGCUCGUCAGGAGUACGUUUCUUGCUUCCGAAUUUCAGCACUCGAGAGCCGAGCGUGGUGGAUACGCAUCUGGACCUCAGACCACGACUCCAGCCGGCGUCCUUAUCACCCAGCCAUCCACCAAUCCGUUCUACACAUCUACCCAGAAAGCAGCAGCGACUACACCAAGCUCAUCCCACCACACCCUAAUGCGAACCUAUAUUUCUAUCUGGGAAUCUACGUCACAAUAUCAGCAAGCAUUGCCAUCCUCGGGAUCGUGCGCGACUUCUGGAUCUAUCAUCUCUCCGUCAAAGCCAGCAAGACCGUAUUCAGCGAUCUUCUUUCCAAGGUACUUUACGCUCCAUUGCAAUGGUUAGAUUCCGUCCCGACAGGAAGAAUCAUGAACCGCUUCACCGCAGAUAUGAAUAUUCUAGACCAACGCGUUCCUCUCAACUGGACGCUGUUUGUCGCCAACGUGCUCAAGCUGCUGGGGAUCUGCGUUGCCUCGUUUUCCGCUUGCGCAUAUCUCGUUGCCCCUGCUGUACCGUUCGUCCUGGCGGGUCUGUAUCUCGGCGCGCGAUACAUGAAUGCGAGCCGACCGCUCAAACGGAUGGAGAGUUUGGCCCGAUCACCGGUUUUCGAGCUCUUCGAUACAGUGUCGGAGGGUAUCAAAGUCAUCCGCGCGUCUCGAAACACGCAUGUUUACAUGGAGCAGAUGCAUGAGUUGAUAGACCGGUGGACAAUGACGACGUUUUACACGUGGCUUGUCAACAGGUGGAUGAGCUUUCGCAUGGCCGUCAUCGCCGCUGCUUUCUGCCUUGCCGUCGGCCUCGCGGUGACGUUUGAUACGUCCAUCGAUGCCGCGUUGGCCGGGCUGAUGCUGUCGCUGGUGCUCGAUUUCUCGGAAAGCAUGGGUUGGGUCGUCCGGUCGUAUGGAGAACUGGAACUCGACAUGAGCUCCAUGGAACGUCUCCACGAAUACAUGAACAUUGAAACAGAAUCUACGGCUGGGAAGAUCCCGCCGGCAUCCUGGCCAGCGCACGGGAAGAUGGAAAUUCGCGAGCUGGCUGUUGGUUACGGAUCGCAAACGCCACCAGUCCUUCGCGAAGUUUCGUUCACCGUUGAAGAUCGAGCGCGAGUGGCGAUUGUGGGACGGACGGGAGCAGGGAAAUCGUCCCUGGCACCUGCUCUCCUUGGAUGCGCAGAAAUCAGAGCCGGGAACAUCACGAUAGACGGACAUGACAUUUCCACCCUCGCGCUUCACCACUUGCGAUCCCGCAUUUCCUUCAUCUCCCAAGAUCCCAUCCUCUUCUCCGGAACCCUCCGCUCCAACCUCGACCCAUCAAACACACACACCGACCCGGAACUCCACGCCGCGCUCGCCAAACUCCAACUCACCAGCUCUCCAACCCUCACACACCACACCAUCGACUUCUCCAACCUCCUAACCCCCAUCUCCAAAGCCGGCAGCAACCUCUCGCACGGCCAAAAACAACUCAUCAGCAUCGCGCGCACGGUUCUCGCGAGUCCGAAGAUCAUCAUCUUGGAUGAAGCGACAUCUGCCGUCGACGCAGCGACCGAUGCCCUCGUACAACGCAGCAUCCGCUCGAGCUUCCCAAACAGCACGUUGGUCGUCAUCGCGCACCGGCUCAGCACAAUCAUCGAUUUCGACAAGAUUGUGGUGUUGGAGCAAGGGCGGUUGGAGGAGUGUGGGACGCCGGUGGAGCUGUGGGAGAGGGAUGGCUUGUUCCGCGCGUUGUGUAAAAAUGGUAUAAGGAUGGAGGGUGGGAGGCUCAUUGCGGUGUAGUCGCUUUUCGAAGCAGAGAAUAUAAUCGUUAUCUAAUAUAAGUUUAUUCAGGCUAGAAUAUAAAACAGGAUGAUGGGAGACUCCUUCCAUCAUAGUCCCUUCUCAAAUACAAACAACAUAUCCAACAUCCAAUCCAUCAUCUAUCCAAAAUUAUAUAUACCUUCAACACAUAACACUUCCUUCCAACCCUCCUCCGGAACCCUCACUAGAGCCUCUAAAACGUCGCCCCUAAGUUGCACGACUAUAUGCCAUUCGACACGGCCAAACGGAAUAUUGACAUAUUCGAUGGCCUGGGUGGCCAUGCUAGUUAUUGUUUAUGGGUGCUCCUCCCCAAGCACUCUUACACUCCCUCUAUCACUUGCGCCCCCAGUUCUUCCGCCACUUAAACUGUCUUGCUAUGCUCCGCACCUAGCGCCCUCUUCCUCGUAUCUAUCACUCGCACAACCAGCUCUUCGGUCUCAUUCCACCGAUUUUGCUUGCUGUACGUCAUCGCCAGGUUGGCCAUGCUAGUCAGCGUGGAAGGAUGUUCAUCUCCCAUCAUACCUUAAGACGCAGCAAGCGCAGAAGCGGACUUCAACAAACGGAGAUUUCUAUGAAUUCCCCAACCGACUCCCCAACCGACUCUCCUGCGAGUCUCCCGGAUGGGCCUCUGCCGGUGCGGUGCCGAGUAGGAAGCGCACAACGCCGGAACUUCCCUUGGAUAGAAGAUCCGGAAAGCAUUUCUUGGCUUGCCUCUCCACUCCGACCUGCCACAUUAUACGGUAACGUAUCAUUUUCAUUCACUUCCUUUGAGCAUGGGGUUAGACAAUGGAUAUACAGGUUCCACAGC